GGUCGCGCGACUCGCAGAGCCGUACCUGUCGGCGGAGCAGUACCUCGCGCUCAUUGGUUGACUGAGGCACUAGGCCCGUUUCGGGAUAGUCUGGGCGUGGCUAGUACUGAUCAGGGACCGUCUAGUCCCGAUGCGCGCGCUCCACGACGCCCGAUCAUCAACGUCACGAUAAACGCGGUGUGCUACCAUAGCGUGUGUGCAAUUGCAAAUGCACCCGUAAUCGAUGAUGCAGGUGGGUAUGGGGUAAGAAAGGAGGGACGGGACGGCCCAGCGUUGCUACGAGGGAUGUGCAGUGACGCAUAAUACAUACCUCAGGCGCCGCAAGAGUGCGUCUACACAUGUCACUUCCUCGCACUGCGCUCGCACGUGUCCAACGCGGUAUACACACACGCACUCCCUUGCCUAUCAGACCGCAUCGCUUGUGUCUGCACACAGCAACGCAGCCCGUCUACUCCACGCCACGACACCGCCCCACCGCAAUGCCGACGACACGCCAGCAGGACGCCGCCGCGUCCACACUCACCUCGCGCUCCAAGCCCGCGGCGGGUGGGAAAUCGCACCGCGCCAGCGCGACGAACUGCAUGCAGCACUGGGAAGACGCGGAGCACCUUGCGUCGAACCAAGCCGCGUUCCUCGAGUUCCGCCGACAGUCCUCAGAUGCCUCUGUGCCGGCGUCAGACGCCUCGGGAACAUCGGACUCGACGUCUGGAGACCAUGGCCCGGUUCACCCGGCUAUGAAGCGCGGCCGUGGCGCUAAUCAGAUCGGCAACACGAGCAAGAAAGCGAAGAGCGCGGGGGGACUGGCGAAGGGGGAUAAGACGAGGGUGCCGAGGGUGGGGCAGGAGGUGUUCUUUGACCACGGAGGGAAGGAGGGAGGGGAGGUGGUCGAGGUGUUGUACGAAGAGAAGGUGGUUGGGGGCGAGAAGGCAGAGGCGAGUAAGGAGGAUCCGAGACUGGUUGUGAAGAAGGGGGAGGGAGAGGAGGGAGAGGUGUGGAAGCCGGAGGAUGUGUGGUUCGAUUAGAGCACGUGAGUGGGGCGGAGACGGGCGGGUAUGGCAGCGAGUUCCUGGAUUAGAUAGUGCGAGUGAUUGCAGAUAGCGAGAGUGAUUGCAG